CCGUCCUACGCCGUGUGUGUUUGAGAAGUUUCUCUUGUGUGACCAUGUGCAGACGGCGGUCUAUCCUCAGAGCAGCAGCGAUGGGGUCUUGCCUCAGCCAGUAGAGGAGGGGCCGAGCGUGAGCUCUGCCACGCCUUCGUCGGACCAAGAUGAGCAGAGCAUGAGGUUAUCGUCGCCCGACGAUCAGACUCAGAAGCGGCGGCGGGGUAGACCUCGGCACGGUGAAGAACCAACCCACCACUUUCUCAGAAUCUGCGUUCUGGAGAACCUUCAGUUAGAGGCUCCCGCAGAGACCGAGCUCCACAAGUCAUCGGUGCGGGAGCUGAAAUGUCCUCGAGGUCUGCAGGAGGCCGACUUUCUAGAGCUGCUGAGGGUCACCUUCCCUCAGCUCGUCGGAGACGAUAAAAAAAUCUGCAUAUAUAAGUCUGACCGCAGCAGGAAGCUUCAGAAGCUCCGAGUGAACAGCAUAACCCCCGAUGAUAUCUACAGGACCAUGAAGUCCACCGGGGUCAAGAAGCAUCUCCUCUACAUUAAACUGAAGACAGGUGAAGAGGAGGACAGUGAGAACGAAGAAAACCUUCAGCUGGUUAAAGACGAACCUCAGCCGACCACCUGUGGAGUAAUGGAGGAUGAAAGCGCUCCACUUCAAAGCCCCGAGUAUCAGAGCGGCGGCUCCACGCAUGAAGACGACGAGGCAGGUGAGAGGAACGCCAGGGCUGACGAGGAGUGGAAGCCAAGUCCUGAGGAGGCUGAAGAUCUGGAGGAUCUUGAAGAUCCAAAGCCCAGAGAAGCCAUUAAGCAAGGCCCCAGACGAUUGGGAGAGAGGGGAGACGGGAGUAAGGCCUCCUGCCGGGUGUGUGGCGUGUCUUACCGGACGUUGUCGAACUUUGCCAGGCAUGCCUGGUCUCACGCAGACGACCCCCAGAGCGUGUGCGGGGUGUGCGGAGAAAAGUUCGACUCUUCAGAAGACCUAAAAGGACAUCUUAGAACUCACCAGCAAACAUACGAUUGUUCGUACUGCGGGAAGGCCUUCGUCACCACCACAGGGCUCAAGAACCACGUCACUCUGCACACGGGAGAACGGCAGUAUAAGUGUGACAUUUGCAACAAAUCCUUCUCCUACAAAUCCGCCAUGAGAAGCCACCGCUGGGUCCACGUGGAAGACAGACCUCACAAGUGUGACAUUUGUCCAAAGUCCUUCGGUCUCAAAGGGCACCUCGUAGCUCACAAGAAGUGUCACGUCGGCCGGGACCGGUACCUCUGCAACAUCUGCGGAAGGUCCGUCUUCGACCUGCGGUCUCUGACUCGUCACAAACUGACUCAUUCCACGGAGCGCCGCCACGGCUGCAAAGUCUGCGGGAAGCGCUUCAAGCUGGAGGGAACCCUGAAGGCGCACGAGAAGGUCCACACCGUCAGGGACCGCAUGUACCUGUGCCACGUCUGCUGCAAAGCCUUCCUGUCCAACAGCACCCUGAUGGCUCACAUGAAGACCCACAGCGACGAGCGGCCGUUCGUCUGCCCCGUCUGCAGCAGAAGCUUCCUCACCAAAUGGGACCUCAGGAAACACAUGCGUAUUCACACUGGCGAGGCGCCCUACGGCUGCACCAGGUGCGGACGCCACUUCAAACUCAAGAGCACCCUGAACGUCCACAUCCGGAGCCACCUGGGCAUCAAGCGCUUCACCUGCGGGGUUUGCGGCAAAGCUUGUUCUCGACAGGAACACCUGACCGUCCACAUGAGAACCCACAACGGAGAGAGACCCUACAAGUGUUCCCUCUGUGACAAAGCCUUCACCCAGAGCCACUGCUUGAAAACACACAUGAAGAGCCACCAUCCAGAGGAAACUCUUGUACCUGAACCUUCAACUUCCUUCCUUCAGCCACCGGACACCGUGUGAAUAUCUUUGUUCUUUAGUCGUCUAUUUUAGCUUUGCAAAAGUCUUUGUCAGAACUGCAGUACACGGACCUGAGGUUUGAGCAAACAGGGAUGAUCGUGGCGCCAUAACGUAGGUCAAUGUUUAUUUAAUCCAGUGCUAUUAGCAGUGCAUUGUGUUUGCGCUUCGAAGAAGAUGGUGUCCUUCCCUGGCAUUCACUGGGUAAAGGUUCCGGUUCAACAUGGACGAUCUAACAGUAGAAAAACAUUGUAGGAGAAGAAGUGUCCGAUCCAGAUUUCAAAUGCCUCAAUCAUUUCUAGCCUGGUUCUCCAACUUCUGUCAUUGAGUAUCAACCAUACCGAGGUUAACCAGCUUUACCGACACCAAACUGUCUGUUUUGGACACCAUUAAAAAUGUCUUCAGACCAGAACCACGUGAUUGUUUUCUGCUAAAGUGGCUAUUCUGUGCUAGCUCAACAGUCUUCAGAGUGGAAGUUGAGUUUUUUGGGGAAAUCUGAGCUGCAUUCAGUGACAAAAAGAUACAGACAAGGUGUUAAUAGUGAAAAUAAUUGAACUUUAUUGAUCUCACACUGGAGAAACUCAUUUUCUGCAUUUAACGCAUCCCUUCGGGUAGGUGUGGGCUGCCACUGUGCAGCCUCCGGGGAGCAGUGUGGAGUUAAGGGUCUUGCUCAUGGCUCAGCAUAGCCGCAGUCAAUACGCAUGCGGAAGACGUCAGAUUUACAUUUAUCCCCUGUUAAGUUUUUUGUCUAUUUUUCGGCGGGGUAUGAAAUGUCGACUGCUGGACCGGACCUCAGCAGAGAGCCAUGAGCCGCCCGUCCUCAGCUGGAGGAAGGGGGCUGGGGACCGGUGAGGCAGGUACGCAGUCGACCAAAUUCCCCUCGGACAUUUUUCAGGUAUGAAAAGCAGGACAUGUCCGGGAAAAAGAGAACAUCUGGUCACCCUAAUUUAAGGUCAGGUCACCAUACGCUUCAAAAACACAAAAAACUAAGUAAUUAAGAGGUUUUUUUUGUACAUGACACCUGUUUAGGUAGUGGUAUGCUGGUCUAAUGGGGUAUGCUCAUCUGACAGAACAGCGGGUACUUCAAACGGCACGGCUGCAGGAAAGAAAACAGUUUUAUACGAAGGGAUCUGGGCUCCUGAAGAGUGGAACAGGAAGGCUGAGCCGCUGCUGUCCAGGCUUUUCAGAUAAAGGAGAUUCAAUGAUCCAGAAAUGUUGGCAGCCAUCUAUAAUAAACACGCUGAUAACAGUUUAGACUCUGCGAUGCUGCCUGCACUGUUUUGAAGGCUAAAGGAAAAAAAAAAAAUCACUUCUAAAACCAUUU